GAUUGGUUGCAUGUCGUUGACACACACACACACGAAGAGAUCGAAUGUCUGCAUACAUAUGAAUGUAUCCAUGUGUCAGUCAGUCAGUGUCUGUCUAUACGAUUGAUUGAUACCACAGGACCUAACCAAACACACCAGUGGUCCUGUCCUCCCAUCCGUCUUCUAUAUAUUCACACACACACACCAUCCACCUGGCUGCCCGCUCGGACGACCUUGUCGCCCGCCCGCAUCUCCACCCACCCAUCACCAUCGCCACCGCCAUGCGGGCUGCUCCCAUACCGCAGCAGCACCCCAAACCUGCCCACGCCCCUCUUGCGGCCCGACCCAUCCUCCAUGCCCUGGGUGAUGGUGGUCAGGGACUGCAGCACCGAUGCCGUCACGGUGCCAGUCUGCGGGUCCACAUUGAUCGACGGGCACCUCUUACAGGAGCCCAGCGAGUAGAAGUCCAGGUUGCCGAUGUGCACGGGAAUGUCUGGCGAGUCGGCCCAGCUGUUCUCAAUCAGCGGAGGCAGCCCACUCACAAUCAGGUUGCCGCGAAACCUGGAGAGGGAGAGAAGCAAGCAAGGAAGACACCCACACCCACACACACGUGAGGCUCACUCACUUGCAGUCAGUGUGUCUGUGUGUGGCCGGCCCGGUGUGUUGUUUAACAGCGUACCUGUCGGCCUCCAUGAUGCUAAGUCCCGAUGUGCGCUGCAGGUGGUCGAGGGAGCUGCUGGAUACCAGCAAAAAGGGCGACGUGUUGGCAUAGUUGCUAAGCAGCCGACGGCCAUCGCCACCACCCUCUCCCCCAAUGUCACUGUCCCCCUCUGAAUCCACCAGCCUGACGCCAUAGCCGAGACGAUCACCGAACCACCGCGCAACCGCCUCGUCGCCUUCCCCAUCAGCACCCACACCGGUGCCACUUUCACUAUCUUGAUGAUGCACCAUUAGGCGGAUGACAGAUAGCAGGGCUGACGGGCGGCCCCGCAGGGCUAUGGGUAUCCUCAGCGACGACUCACUGCGCCCCUCAUCGGCGAAUGACAGCACCAUGACCAGUCGGUCUACGUCACACUCCAAAGCCACCCGCAGCUGCGCCAGCUUGGGCUCGCUCGUCCGGCUGAUGACCCGGGGCAUCUUCUCGGCACUGGUAGUGCGCUCGAGCCGGAAUCUUCUGUCGAGCAGCAGCCCGCCUGUGCGAAGGUCGAUGACCCAUCUGGCUAGCGACACGCCGCCGCAGCUCUUGAUCGGAUAUAUACAGAGAGACGACAAGACACCCUCAGCCGCAUGAUGGCCAUCAGCAGGGGGAGAGGGAGUGGAGGCCGGCGGCAAUGCUGGUGGCGUGACAGGGCCGUCUUGUCUGAGGGAGCACUGGGGUGCGGGGGCCGGAGUGUCUGGCUCAUUCAUGACGUCUUGUCGGAUGAAGUCGAUGAAUCGGUCCACAUCAGCCAGGGUGGACGAGAAGCCGAACGACAGCCGGAUGCACCCCGUCGGCUGCCCGUCGAUGGUGUCCACGUCGUCACCACACACAUGCCCCGACAUGAAGUGCCGCUCGAGGUCAGCCGCGGUCAACUGCAGGUGCGUCUGGCAGCCGCCCGUGUUGCAGUGGCACCCAGUGCGAAACACAAUGCCCCUCUCGCGCGCCUUUCCCGCAACCGACGAGUACGGCAGCACAUCCCCGGUCGGUGACAAGACCACGCAGGCGACGACCGGCCCCUGCCGCCUCGGCCAAUCCUCCUUGUGGUGGUCGCCGAAUAUCCGGAAGACGCGCCCACCCUGCCGCCAUGUGAGAGCCGCCAUCCUCUGGUAGGCGUAGUGCGUGACAGCCUGCAUGUGCUGCUCCAGCUGCUCCAUGCUGAAACGGCGGAACACCGCCUCAAAGGCCAUGGGGACGGCGGCGAUGCCGAGGAAGUGUGGGCUGCCCGCCUCGAGCCUGUCGCAUAAGGCGGCCUUCUCAGCCACGAACGCCGAUGUGGCCGCGACGGCCUGUACGGUGCCGCCACCGAAGGAUGGUGGGGAGAGGAGGGGGGCGGCGCUGUGGCGCACGAUGAGGCCCCCCAAGCCAGUGGGGUAGCCGAAUACCUUGUACAGCGAGAAGACCAUGAAGUCGACGGGCGUCCGGGAGAGGUCAAUGCGGCUGGAGGCGGCCAGCUUGGAUGCAUCGAGCAGCACACGGUAAUGUAGCUGAUGAUGCGGGAUGGCGGGUUCCAUCAGGGAUGGGAGCAGCGACAGGUCGCCUUUGAGGCCGCUGAAAUUUGACUCGCCCGUGACGAUCAGCAGAUUGGGGGGAGGGGGUGCGGACGAAAACGCCUCAUGAGGGCACUGGGAGGGAGGGGGAGAGGGCGAGGGCGAGGGCGGCUCAAUGCUCCGUCGGCCGAUGUAGGAGGGAUCGGCCACAUCGGCGAGUCUGUCCAUCUCGUAGGUCGCUACUCGCGCACCGUGCCGGAAGGCAUACUGCCGCAUGCCCACCACACUCGUGUGCGACUCGACAGGGUAGGCGAACACACUCCCAGGCCCAAAGGCAAACCCCUCAGCCACUACCCGCAGGCUCUCCGUCGCACCAGAAGUGAAGACCAGGCUGUACUCGUCCGACGCAGCCCCGAAGAAGGUCAGCAGCUGCCGUCGUGCCGUGUCGAUGGCCUGCUCGGCUGCAUGGCUGCUGUGUGGGUUGAGAUGGAGGCCGGACAGCAAGUGCUGGCAGUGGUUGCGGACGAGGCUUUCGGGGUAGAGUGCUGCGCCGGCAUGGUCGAGGUAGACAGUGUCCUGGAGGCGACCAAACUCCUCUGCGCGCCAGUCCUCGAUGGCACGGCUGUAGCCGGCAGGGAGGGUAGAUGCCGACUCAUCGCUGGUAUCAGGAUGGCUGGCCGGCUGACCCAUGUGCAGUUAACGAGCGAAAAGGCCGGAGAUCUGUCCCUUUCGC